AUGGAGUCCGUGGUGGGGGUGAAGAGGUCACUGAGGAGGCCCAUCAGGAAGCUGACCAGCUGCGUGUCGGGGGUGAAGGAGCGGAAGCUGUGUGCCCAUCGCAGACACAGGAGGGGCAGGGGCGGCGGCGGCGGCGGCGGCCGAGGGGGGUGCAGCAGGCCGGGCAGGGCUCCGCCUCUCUGCACGGCUCCCCCCAAAGACCCGGUCGCCAUCCGCUCCUAUCACGCCGACCUGGAGAAGGAGAGGCAACUGCGGGAAGCGGCGAACGCUCAGAAGAACGCGGAGCGAGCAGCCAUGAGGGCUCACUUCAGGAGAAAAUAUCAGCUGUCUGAGAACCUCAAGGACACAAGCCACCUGAGGUCCGUCGGAGGCAAGGUGCCGCUGCCCAGCGAGCUGUCGAAAAUCAUUCACCCUGAAACCAAAUCCAGGGACGACGGCUUCAACCUGCUGAGCGCCUUUCAAGGCCUCAGCUUCGGCACGGCGCUGCUGGCGGGCAGGAAGCCCAGCAGGACGUCCACUCCGCCACCAACAAGUGGCGACGCUUGUAAAGUCAUGUGA